AUGGGCAGUGUGCGACACAUGUUUGAAAACACCAGUUCAACAGCCACAACUCUAAAAUUUAAAAAAUUAUCUGCUCCUGCAACAGAGGUCAGUGGAGGUGGGUAUGCCAGUAAAAUUGAAAUCAAGUACAGUGACUACAUGACGGGCGGACUAGAAACAUCGGCAACAACAUACACCAUAGAGAAUACAGCAGCAGGGAAGGCAAUAAGUGGCGUCAUGAAAUGCGACACCGCUACCAUGCCUACUUCUGUUAUAUUCAAUGAGAACGUAUCUGGGACUUCGCCAUUAACAGCGACAUACAACGGAGGCACUUGCUAUGAGGGAGGCAAAGCGUCGACUUUGUUUGAUUCAUCAUCAGACAGUGUCACACCAUAUGCUCUUGAUCUACAAGCCUAUCCUGGUCAUGUCUUACAACUAAGAGUUCGAGCAUGUGGCGAGGCCGUCUUGCAGUUUUUUAUGAAUGAAAAUGACCUGACGCACUCCUUGUUCCUCACCGUGACCCACAAACAAAUGACAGUCACAAAAUGUUUUCCUGAUUGCGGAACGGGACCGACAUUUGUAAUCGAUGAUACUGCAGGGUUCAAUUCUGGCGCGAGUGCUGACUGGGACUGUGAAGCAGAUAUGGCAUUUUUCUGGUUCCACCAGAAAACAGACAACAGUAAACACUACAUUUGUUUCGGUGUUGGAAAGUAUGAUGAGGCAGUCUGCACUGGAGCAGAAACAACCACUUAUUUCGAAAUAACCAGUCGAUUUAAAAAUGUCAAGAUGAUGGGCAUGGCUUCUGACGCUGCCUUCAACUGGGAUUUCGUGCAUACUGGAGGUUGUGAUCUAUACGAGUCGGACUGGCGAUGUAUGGACAGAUGGACGAACUGUUCAAUAUAUGGCACAAGUUUCUGUUCUGAUGCACAACACAAUGACUUUGCCGUAUCAUAUUGUGCAAAAUAUUGUGGAAAAUGUUUCGCUGACAGCUAUGGAAGAAAAUUUCUUGCGAAGACUCCCUACGUCAAUCCCAGUACAGAUUGUCUGAUGAUAGUGUCUCCUCUGAACAAACAGACCAAUGUAGCCGUCACUUUGAAAGAUACCAACGCAGGAACCGAGAAAGUUCAGCAUGGGGCACGAAAUCAUAACGGCGAAAGAUAUUACGACUGUUCUGAAUCACUGGGAAUUUUGGACGCCUAUACAAUUUUGUCUGACGAUGAGGUUGCAGUCAAUAUUCUGCUUACUUACAGUGGGGAAAUAAAAAGCUAUCGAAUUUAUCCUGUUGAUACUUUUGGUACAGAGGUUAUGGUACUGGAAUACAGUGAUGAAAAAAAAAGAUGUCGAUUUUUGUCCGAGCAUGACAGUGUCAACUAUGUAGCGUACUACUCAAUAAAUAAGUUGGGUGGUACAGGAGACUCGGAAGAUUCGGAAAGGGUGCAGUUAGGGGCAUUGUCGCAUCUGGCAACGACCAAUCUGAAUGAUAUGUCUGGAACAGUUUUUAAAUUUGAUAAACCGUCUACUGUGUUUUGUGGCGAUUUGUUCUCGAGCUCAACUGUUCACAAUCAGUACAAUCAACUUUUGCCGACAAAUACCUGGUCAACCGAGUAUGUGGUGCCUGCUUUUGAUGUAGAAGCUGUAAACCGACCGUUUGAUGGGAAGUUGUUCAUCGUCUCUAACGCUGACAACACCAUUGUGAAUAUAUCCGGUGGUUUUGACGCUAUCCAUGCUAUCUAUAACAGAGGAGACAAGAUUGAACAGGAAAUUGACGUGGGUGCAGCUUACAAGAUCAAAGCGUCUGAGAACAUCGGAGUUGGGUUAUACCUCUAUGAUCCAGCAGACCCGACCAAGGCGUCCUUCAACAUGUUAGUUCCGGCGCAAAGUUUUCACGAUACUGUCUUAACAUCCGUCCCCAACAACGUAUUGAAUGAUGUAGGCUUUGAUGUAACAGAAAUAAAAACAUACUUUAUUGAUGGAAACCUCAACGGCACAAUAGUGUCAAAAGAAGCAGACGACACAGAUCCGUUCUAUCGUCACGUGAGCAUUGGUAGUAGCAUAUAUGAAAUGACAGUAGUACAGUCUGGCACAGAAAAAUGGUUUGUGGUUCCAGGAAACGUUAAAAGCGCUGUCAUACAAAAUCAAGGGCAAGUGUGUGAAAUGUCACCUCAGUCUGACAAUGACGGCAUUGACAAUGAUUGUGAUGGACUUAUAGAUGAAGAUACUCGUUACAGUACCUAUGGCGUGUAUAGAGAAGACCGAGACCUUGAUGGAGGGUUUGGUGAAGAUUCUAGUGAAGUCCUCAAUGAACCAGUGGUAAUUAAGAAACCAAGAGAACCCAUCUGUCUGGAGAUAAAGAAACCCCCGGGCCAAUGUUGGACUAUAUGUUUUUGUAAAUGUUCAUGGGUAAAGAAGUACGAGGAGCAGAAAAACUUGACCCAUGAUGAGCUGGUAGAAGCCCAGCAAGAUGACAUUCAACAACUACAAAAUGAAUUACAGGUGGACGAAGACUCCCUGCAGACUGCAACAGCUGAAAAGGAGAGUGCCAGUGAUGAACGCCAGAGUGCAGCGAAUAUCGGUUAUAUUGGCAUAUGUAUGUUUGGUGUCGUCUUUGGCACGAUCUUCAUCAUGGACAUCUCUUCACUCGUCAGAGACUUGCGCAUCCUGUUUGCCAACUUGCGUGAAGGGUUUGAGCGACUUUCAGACUGCAUUAAAAGAAAAAUAUGUUAAACAUUUCAGUUCUUCUUGUAUAACUAAGUUAGAUCUAGUCAGCAAUAAUGUUUCACAAAAAUUAUCAAAAACAAGUUUUGAAUAAAGUUAUCAUAAGACGAUUAAUUUUAACUUUAUCCCUUACCCUGCUAAAUUUCUAUAAUGAACUUGUCCAUCUUUAAAUUUGGACAGUACCAUUAACUGUUAAAAGGGGUGCUUACAAAAAGAUACUGACUGAAUGGCGAACAGUGCAGAACAUGAUCAGACUGCACGAAUGUGCAGGCUGAUCUUGGUCUGCACUGGUCGCAAAGGCAGAAUCACUUGCCGCCAGCAGGCUAAGGGUUAAUGUAGUAGUCCGGUAACGACACUUGACAAUUUUCGUGCGGUUUCGUAUCAUCGUUUGAAAUUUUGGCAUACUUCGGCCAGAACUAAAAGUUGCAUUUCCGUAACGACCGGAGAAUAACGAACUCAUUCGGAAAAUACGUAAACGAACGGAAAAUUCCGAUUGUCUUUACGGGCCUACUACCUUACGAUAUGUAACUUGAUUUGAUUUUAGACGAUUUCCGAAUGGUAGUUUGAAGGACAAAUUGCACGGAAGGAUAAAAAAGAUUUUCUGAACCAUAUUUUUAAGAGAGGAGGACACAGUGAUUAAUCUGUUUUUUAUGUAGAGAACCUUUCAUUAUAAACUAUUUUUCCUUCCUCGAUUUCGUUUGUGCCAUAUGUAUUUGUGUUUAACUGGAGACAACUGUAAAGUAAGUUAUUCAUAAAUAAAGAGGAUACAAAUUAUUAAUAUUUUGAAUUGCUUGUAAGUGUUGUAAAUCUUACUUCUUCGAUAUCACAUAUAUAAUUAAAGCCGUUAGCUUCAGUAUGUGUCUCAAGUUUGUUUUGAAAGUAAUAAAUACCUCAAUUUCUUUUUAUAAUAUUAAAAUUAAAAUCAAUGUAAUUCAGUGAGUUUCGGGAAAACAAUGUUUUAAAUACUGAACAAAACAGAACAGAACAGAACUUACAUAUUACAAAAUAUAAGUAUUGUAUAAUAACAUGUGCACAGAAAAAUUGGAAAAGAAUCUGUUAAUUGUAUGAAUAAUAGAUUGGAAUUGACAUUGUCUAAAUACUAUGAAAACGAACAAACAAAUGUAUGUUUCUGUCUGGGGAAUUCUAGAUUUCAAAAAUCCAACUUGGCUCUGGUAACUAAGAAAUUAAUCCUGGUAAAAAAAUACUCGAACAAAGUUAACCGACAUGAAAAAAAAAUGAAUUAAAUGCAAUUCUUUCUCUGAAAACUGUGGGAAAAAAAUCUCUUAAGCUCACAAAACUGUAAAGUAAUAUGCUAUUCAUAUAAUAUAUAUUUAAUGAUACUGUAUGAGAGCUGAAAGUAUGUGAAAAGGGCAGAUAUAUUAUGCCUCGGCUAAUUGCUCAGUUUUGACUUGCUUAAUUUGUGUGGUAUACUGCUGAUAUAUUUAUAUAAUUCUUAUAAAAUUUAUGCUUUUUAACCUUUGCUAUGUAAAUAUUUACAACUUUCCUUGUAUCCUGAUAAUUUUUAUUCUGUUUUGCUUUUUACGUUUUAAUAUCAACCAUAAAUGUGUUAUCAUGCUUAGAUUCAAUGCAAAUAUGUAUUCAAACUUUUAACGUUAGCAAUAGGCGUUAUGAUAUUGAUGUAAAUUAAAAUACGAUUUACAUGAUUAUAUCAUUAAAUAUACUACCUUAGUGAUGGAUGCGCUGUCCUAAAAAAACUUUUAUUUUAUGAGUAGUUUGGCACAGGCAAAGAUAAAUUAUAGCUUUAUAUUUCUGUUAUAUGCGUGUAACGUUUUUUAGAAAUCUCUAGAAGUGAAAGAAACGGGAACAAAAUAGUCUUUAAAUGCGACUCAUCGCCAUUAAAAUAUGUUAGUAUACCAGAACAUGUUGUGUAUAGUUUGUAAUGUAUGUAACACGAUUUGUUUUCAUUUAUAUGCUACUUUCAGCAAAAUAUUGCAUUUUUUUCUAAAAAAAAACUAGGCUUUCGUUACAAUUUUUGUUCUAGACAUCUAAACUUUUGAAAAAGAAAAUGGUUCAACAAUGAGUAUAUAUAAUACAAAAAAUGUACCUUAAAUUUAACUCAGAUGGCUUAUAAACAUUGUUUACAAUAACAAAAUUUGCGUUAGGUAAGUAGACAUGUCGCCGUGACCAUUUAAUCAAAGGACAUACAUAGGCUGAACUGAAAUUUAAACUUAGACUUUAGAAUAUUGAAUUUGUAAUUAGGUCUAUUUUUUGAACGACUACUUUUUCAAAGAAGUUUUCCUUAAAGGUGUUUCUGUAAGUUACAAAAAGGUCUUCAAAAUAAUGUGCCGAUGCAAAAGUGAAUUAUAAAAAAAGGUAUGAAGACACUUAAAAAUUGAAAUCGACUAGAUACGUUGAUAAAUUUGGGCCUUGUAUAUUAAAGAUACCAACUGUUAUUUCAUUAACUUACUGCUUAUUUUUAAUGCCAUAAAUGUGUUACGAAUAUUUUUGUUAUGUUUUAGUGAUAAUAGCUUAUUUUAAAGAUUUUGCCACUCACAUAUUUGUACUUCACUGACAUCCCGUAGUUUGCUUGAAUAAAAAAGAAUAAAAACUC